AUGGGUCGGUCAAUUCAUGAAAGCAUUAUCCUUGCUUCGGAAGGUGUGAACUGUAUGGAUCGGUCUCUUUAUGGUAAGAAUCUUGCGCUCAAAGCUGAUAUCCGGAAAGCCUUCGACACUUUGCAUUGGGGUUUCCUUCUUCAGGCUCUUUCUGAUUUUGGAUGGUCUUUAAAACUUCUCCGGGAAUUAGAUAAGGCUUGUCGUUCGUUCAUUUGGACUGGAAGUACUCUACGCAAACUUUCUACCUCUGUUAAUUGGGAGAAGACUCGUGCUAUAAAAAACAAGGCGGAAUUGGCUACCUCGACGGUCUGGAAUGAGGUUCGGCAGACUAUUCAAGAGUUGGUGGUGCACUCUUUUUACACCAUUGGUUUAGGCGACAUGAUUUAUUUUUGGAGAGAUAAUUGGUUGGGUUAUCGUAUUGUGGACAAGCUCAAGAUUCCGGAUUAUAUGCUCCCUUAUUUCAAUCAACGGAUUUCAGAUUGCUAUAAUGAUGAUAGCUGGCAUUUCACGGUGAAUUUUAUUGUUCGUUUUUCUAAGAUUGCUUUUGAUAUUAUUGCUACUCCAAUCUCUGGUAAUAAGGAUGAGCGAGCCUGGAUUAAUUCCAAUUUCGGCGACGUUACCGCCUCCACGGCGUUCAGCCAUCUUCGGCCUUCUUUCUCGAAGGUUAAUUGGGGCUCCUGGAUUUGGGGCCAUUUCAUUCUUGUGAGGCGAUCCCUUUUGGUUUGGAGAGCUAUCAUGGGCAGAUUACCAACUUUCGACUUGUGCCGUUGCCAUGGUACUCUUGGCCCCAGUCGCUGCAUUCUUUGUUGCCGGGACGAAGAGACUACGGAUCAUAUUUUGUGCUCCUGCUCCUUUACAGGUGCGAUUUGGAGGGAGUUUCUCGGCUGGUACAAUACAGCGGCGCAUAUCGAGGACGUUGGUUGCUUCAUUAUCUUCGCCAUGAAUUUUGAAGGAGGCGAUCAAGUUCGUAAUCUUUGGCGUGUUGGUGUGGUCUCUCUUCUCUGGGCCAUUUGGAUGCAUAGGAAUGACAUUAUUUACAAUAAUAUGGCGCCUUCUAAGAUACAUAUUCUCAAGUUGGUUAAAGUUUUCAUUAUAGAAGCUGCUUCCAACUUCAAUCUCGGCAGCAUGAAUAAUUCCAUCUCGGACCUUCUUAUUCUGCGUAACUUGGCUGUCACCGGCAGGCCGAGACAGCCGCCUACUCAGGUUUCGGUCUUUUGGAGUCUGCCGCUCCCGAAUUGGGUGAAGAUUAAUACGGAUGGCUUGAUUCGGGAGUCCAGUAUUAUGCAUGCAGGUGGUGUUUCACGUAAUGCUUUUAAUGAAGUGGUGGGCUGUUAUCAUUUCUCUGUAGGUCAUGGAGCUGCGUUGGAGGCGAAACUCCUAGCCAUUAUCAUAGCUAUGGAGACGGCUUAUUGGAUGGGGUGGUCUCACGUUUGGUUCGAUUCGGAUUCUUCCUUUGUGGUUAGCUUGCUCCAUGCUCGGGCCUCUAAGGUUCCUUGGCGGUUCAAGGCGCGAUGGAAGUAA